AUGGAUUUUUUCAUUGCUCUGAAAGACAAGCCAAUCGCUCAUGGGAGAGUAGUCGACCUGGAUGACAUGGAAGCACUAAACUGUAAGGUAAAAAAUCUGUUCGUUUAUCAAGGUUGGUCAAAAUUUCUAUUUGUUCCCCCUCCUAAAGUCUAUGAACCCCUGGUGAGAAUGUUUUAUGCCAAUCUUUGCUCUAGUAAGUCUGAUAAGUUGGAAUCCUUAGUGUUAGGAAAGCGCAUCGUUCUUGAUUGUGCCAUGUUUGACUCAAUUUUUCUGUGUAAGUGUUCUGGUUUUCCCAUGCUUUUCAAAAAUUCUUUGCCUGAUGACUUUGAAAUCACCUUUGAUCAAGCAAAACGUUGUAUUGCUGAGUAUUCAUCUGAAUCCCUCCCUAACCAGUUAGGUCCAAGUGAUGUUAGUUUUGAAACUCAUGUUCUAUCUCACAUUGUUGCAACUACUCUACUCCCUCGUACUGGCUCUUUCUCCACCUUCUCCCAACGAGAUACCUUUCUUCUCUACUGCCUUGCGACCAAACUCAAGAUCAAACUGUCCUCUUGGGUCAUAAAUUUUAUGAUUGAAAAUGCUGAUGAUCCCACCAGUCUGGCCUAUGGCAUGGCCAUCACUCACAUUCUGGAAACUCACAAUAUCUCUAUCUCUGUAUAUCCCUUCGUCUCUGUUUCAAAAUCUUACAAUUCUAGGACAUUUGCUAGUAUGGGGUAUGUAUGUGUGAAUGGCUCCUGGGUUAAGAAACAGAAAGGUGAAGUCAAGCAUGUUCAACCUGAUCCCAAGACCAAAGCCUCUGUUUCUCAUCACAGUCUUAGUAAUCCUGACCUUGCUGAGAAACUGACUGCCAUUAAAAACCAGUUGAACACCAUCAAAGAUCUUCUUGCUGCUACUCAGUCCACUGUUGGGGACAUACAUGCAAUCUCCAAAGAGACAAGGUCUGAUGUUUCAAAGAUAAGGGUUGCAGUUCUCAGAGUUAGGGAAAAUGCAGUCAAGGCAUUCAAGGAAGUACACGACAGGCUUGAUGGAGUGACCGUCUCAGCUAAUGCCAGCUUUGAACAAUUGAAGGAGGCGAUUUGCAACACUCUUACUUAUUUCUUUCGUCGUUAG